AUGUCUCCUGGAAAGGGGCUGCCUCUUUGGCUGGCAUGGAUGGGGGCUUUGCUAGCCCUGAGCCAACAAGCUCCAAGGUUGCUGAUGGUCGCCCCCAGCGUGGUGCCCGUGGGGGCAGAGGUGAGGGUUGUGCUUCAGGUCGAGGGAGCCCCCAAAGGCCUCUCGGGCACAGUCUAUUUCCAGAAUCAGAACGACGAGAGGGUGAAAUGUUCUGCCGAGGUGCCGUUCAGCCUGAAGCCCAACAGCUUUCUGGAAAAUGUUACCCUGAUGGUGACCCAUGAACGUUUCAUCCAGUGCGGCUUGUCUACCCUGCGCAGGGACCGUUACAUCCAACUUGUUGCUCGCAGCUCCAAUCUUCCCAGUCCCAAUGGCAUCCAAACCCUCAACCUACGCUGGAGCACUCGCCGAGGGUACCUGUUUAUACAAACAGACAAGCCCAUCUAUACCCCUGGGCAAAAGGUGUAUUUCCGAAUCUUUGCCCUGGAUCACAAGCUGCGGCCAGCCUUCGAAUCCAUCUUCAUCACUGUUCAGAACCCGCGAGGUCUUCAGGUCCGGAAAUAUCAGCGUGUGCCACAGGAUUUCGUGAUACAGGAUCAAGUGACAAUCCCUGCUAUCACUGAGCCUGGUAUUUGGCGAAUCACAGCCCAAUUUGUUGACACUCCAGGUUCCAACACUACCACAGAGUUUGAGGUGAAAAAAUAUGUGCUUCCUAAUUUUGAGGUGACAAUUAUCCCGGAACGGAAAUACUUUCUCCUCUCAGGACAGCAGGACUCUGAUUUGCAAAUUGAACUCCAGGCUAAAUUUUUCUAUGGGAAGGGUGUCGGCGGCACGGCCUAUGUGCGAUUUGGUGUGAGGGAUGAGAAUGGGGAGAAAACUAUCCUCCCAGGACUGGAGCAGCAAGUUUCGGUGGUCGAAGGCCAUGCCUCAGUGACCCUAAAAGGCAGCCUUCUUGUGACUCGGUACCCUCUACAGGACCUAAUUGGAAGAUCACUCUACAUCGCAGCCACUGUCAUAGAGACUGCAAGUGGAGAGUUGGAAGAGCAGGAGCACACCUCGGUGAAAUUUGUGUCCUCUCCAUAUUCAGUAGACCUGUCCCAAACGAAGCGGUAUUUUGUGCCCGGCACAUCCUUUCAAGUGGUGGCUACAGUCUCACUACCAGAUGGUUCACCCGUUCUCCACCUUCCAGUCCACUUCUCCGCCCAAAUAGAGGGCUCAUCACCACACAAUGGCCAAGUGAAUAGUGAUGUUCAUGGAAUUGUGACACAUGCAAUCAACAUUCCCGCUACAGCUAAAGCAGUCACUUUCACGAUAACAGCGGGGACAGAGUCUCCAGCCACCAUCACUCUGACCGUCAAAGCCAUGAAUGCCCAAGGAGGCAGUUACUUGAUCAUUCUUAGGCAGAGUUACGAAGACUUGGAUCCAGGAGAGACCCUAGUGCUGGGGCUGAUGCACAUGGGAUCAGACGACUUCUCCCACUUCUAUUACAUGGUUUUGAACAAAGGGGACAUUGUCUUCGCCAGCAGUGUGACCCGUGCCUCCUAUACAGUGGUCCCCAUCCACAUCACGCCCAACCUGAUGCCGGCGUUUCGGUUUGUGGCCUUUUACCACGUAAAGGACAAAGUUGUGGCAAACUCCAUCUGGGUGGAUGUUGUUGACACCUGCAAAGGGAAGCUGCGACUCAGCACAUUAGAAGACCACAGUCAGCUGCGACCCCAGGAGUGUGCAACACUCAACAUCGCCACUGACGGGAUAUCUUCUGUCUCGCUUGUCGCCGUGGACACGGCGGUCUACGCCCUCAGUGGGAAGAAUCGCCUCACUCAGGGCAAGGUCUUCCAGGCCAUGGGAAGUUACGAUCUGGGCUGCACAGCUGGCAGUGGGGAAAACACCCUCGGCGUUUUUUCUGAUGCUGGACUCUCCCUCCGCGUGGGCAAUCUGAACAGUCCGCUCCGACAAGCCCACGGAUGUAACGUGGACGUUUCCCGGAAGAAGCGCUCGUUGGAGUUGCAAACUCAACUCCAGGAGGAGCUUAAGAAGUAUUCAGACCCCGAUGCUCAGAAAUGCUGUCGGGAUGGCAUGGUGAAGAUCCCCAUGCCCUUAACGUGUGAGCAGCGGGCCAGGCGAGUCCGGGGCCAGUGUGGCGUCGUAUUCCUGGAGUGCUGCCAGCGUGCGGCUAAGCUGCGACGCAGAUCGUGGGGGUCGCACUCCCUUGGAAGGAGCCCAGAAGAUGAUGAUGAUGAUUUCUUUGAUGAGGAUUUUGUUCAGGUCCGCAGCUUCUUCCCGGAGAGCUGGCUUUGGAAAACACGCAUGGUGGCAGGGACCGACACGGAAAAGCUGAUUCUUCCCGACUCCAUCACCACCUGGGAGAUACAGGCCGUGAGCAUGUCGGAUGGGAAUGGAAUCUGUGUCUCAGAACCUCUCCGAAUCAGGGUCUUUCAAGAUGUUCACAUUUCUCUGAGGCUGCCAUAUUCGGUGAAACGGUUCGAACAGAUAGAACUUCGGCCAGUUCUGUACAACUAUUUGUCCGGGUCGAUCACAGCCUCAGUGUAUCUAGAGCCUGCCGAGGGCAUCUGUUCUCCCGCAAUCAUGGGCCCAGCCCAGAAGAAGAAAGUGGUGGUUCCUGGGAACUCGGCAGUACCUGUUCCCUUCGUUUUGGUCCCUAUGGGGACAAGCAACAUCCCCAUCACAGUUGUCGCCCACGGUGGCUGGAGGGCUGGGGACAAAAUUACCAAGAUCCUACGGAUUGAGAGAGAAGGUGCCAUUGAAGUGGAGGAGUUCACCAUCCCUCUGGAUAACCCAGAUGGCCUCUCUAAAACUGAGGUGAUUUCGGGAGACGUGCCCUCCAAUGCCAUUCCUGAUGGAGACUUCAAGAUAAAUGUUCGUUUGACAGGAUCGGUGCCAAUUGAUACCCUGGAGAACUCCCUGUCUCCAGAGGGCCUGUCGAAAUUGCUGUGUGUUCCAACUGGGUGCGGGGAACAAACCAUGGUAUUACUGGCCCCCGCGAUCUACGCCAUGAACUACCUGGACAAGGCGGAGCUGUGGAUCAAGCUGAAAGGAGAGAGCAAGCAAAAAGCGCUGCAAAACCUACGCAUAGGCUAUGAGACGAUGCUCAGUUUCCGGAAAUCGGAUGGAUCAUAUGGAGUUUUUCUCAGUAUACCCAGCAGUACUUGGCUGACAGCUUUUGUGGUCAAGAUUUUUUCCUUGGCCCGCAAUUAUCAGUCUGUGGAUGAGGCUGGAAUCCGCGAGUCGGUGCAAUGGCUGCUGAGGAAGCAGGAGUCUGAUGGUUCCUUCCAGGACCCGGAACCGGUCAGGGACCGGAGCAUGCAGGGUGGCGUUGCUGGUGUUCACGAGCGCAUCUCCCUUGCGGCUUUUGUCGCCAUCGCGCUGAAGCAGGCCUUGGUUGUAUACGAGACAAGUGAGAAGGAUCCCGAGAAGAAAGAGAAGGAAGAACAACUGGCACAAGUGAAACAAAGCUUAGCUCGGGCCACCUCCUUCCUGGCCCGCUCGCUGGACGAUCCAUCUCUGGGCCCCUACACUGUUGCCAUCUCCAGUUAUGCCCUCUCAUUCGCUUCAGACAACCGGUCGGCCAUUGCCACUGCUGAUGCCCUCCUGAGGAAGCUCGCCACACAGGAUCAAAACAACACGGUGAUGUACUGGGCGGUAGAGGAUCAGGGCCAACGGCAGAGGGGAAGGCCGUCGGCUUUGGCCAUCUCUGUGGAGGCCACGGGCUAUGGGCUCCUUCACUUAGUGAAGCAAAAUGAUACCAAAGCAGCCAGCAAGGUGGCUCGAUGGCUGACGGAGCAGAGGAACUACGGAGGAGGCUUCAAAUCGACUCAGGACACAGUUGUGGCUCUGGAAGCCCUGUCUCAGUAUUGGAUGAGUACCUACGAAAAGAAAGACAACGAACUGAAGGUGACCCUUACUGUCCCUGGGAGAAGCUUGCCGUUCCAGAUGUCAUUUGGGAGGUCUGAUGAGGUAGUCGAGGAAGAGCUACAGUUUACCUCAGGGAGUGACAUCCAUGUAAAGGUGGAAGGGAAAGGGAAAGGAACUUUGACUGUCCUGAAGCAAUUCCACGUCUUUGCAGUACAGAACACUUCCUGCCAGACCCUUGGCUUAGAGGUGAAGCUGACUGGUGCAGUUCGAUAUCAGCCGGACGCGUAUGAGGAUUACUAUGAAUAUGAAGAUUACGGCACGGACGACUCUGGGCCAGCACCGCAGCCGGCUGACCAGCCGCUCUCACCCAUCCAGAUGUUUGAUGCACGGCGACGUCACAGGAGAGAAGCCAAAGAACCGGGACAGUCGCAACAGAAAGUCAUUUACGACGUCUGUUUCUGGAGGCAACCAGGGGCGCAUGUCACAGGCAUGGUCAUUGCUGACAUCACGAUGCUUAGUGGCUUCGAGCCAGACAAGGAUGACCUCGACAAGCUGCGGGAUCUCUCCGAUCAGUAUAUCAGCCAUUGGGAGAUGCAAGGGCGACGGCUACUGCUCUAUUUCAUCUCGGUGCCCGCAUCAGGACGUGAAUGUGUCUCAUUUGGAGCCAAACAGGCGGUACCUGUGGGAAAACUCCAGCCAGCAAGCGCCACAGUGUAUGACUUUUAUGAACCAGCAAAGAGCUGCAGUACUUUCUACGGAGCGCCCAACAAGCCCCAGUUUGUGUCGGCAUUGUGCUCAGAAGAUGUCUGCCAGUGUGCUGAAGGUGCCUGCCCACGUUUGAAGCGAACCCUUGAACAGGAUAUUACAAAAGCUUCUCGCAUGGAGUUUGCCUGUUACAGCCCCCGUGUGCACUACGGGCUGCAAGUUCGAGUGGAGAAAGAGAUCAAUGCAGGUGCCUUCCGCAUCUACGAAGCAAAGAUCAUGGAGCCCUUGCAGUACACUGCUGACAUGGGGGGCUACAUUAACCAGACUCGGCGUUUUGUGGUCCGUGCUGCAUGUCGGACACGCUUGGAAAAAGACAAAGAAUAUCUUCUGAUGGGACGUGAUGGCCAAACUCGGGACCCUGAAGGCCGCCCCCAGUACCUGCUGGAUUUGAACUCGUGGGUGGAGCAGCUGCCCUCUCGUGGACAGUGCAGGGCCUCCAAUAAUCGCAACAGAUGCAUUGACCUCCAGGUUUUCACAACUGCCUUUGCUGAGGGCGGCUGUCAUGUGUAA